AUGCAGCUCGGCGCUCGGACGUGCACGCCAUCCACGAUUGAUCCCGCAUGUUCACCAACUCCAACUCUCACUACAACCUCCCCACCACCCGCCUCCCAUUACAAUCCCCGCAGCCCGUCCUUUAUCGUCCAUCACAGUCGCCAAAGUAUGAGUCGAGGAGGAAAAUUGGCCCCGGAAGUCAACCGAGCUCUUUUCGUAAAGAACCUGAGCUUUAACGUCACCCCAGAGGAACUCUUCGACCUCUUUGGCAAGUUCGGCCCAGUGCGCCAAAUUCGCCAGGGCAUCGCCAACAACACCAAGGGCACCGCCUUCGUCGUCUAUGAAGACGUAAUGGACGCAAAGUCGGCUUGCGACAAGCUCAACGGCUUCAACUUCCAGAAUCGGUAUCUCGUCGUAUUAUAUCACCAGCCAGAUAAGAUGCUCAAGGCCGCGAAUGAUCUCGCCGAGCGCCAAGAGAACUUAGAAAAGCUCAAAAAACAACACGGUAUUGACUAG